AUGCCUCUCACCAAGUACAAGGCCGCAGCUGUCACUUCCGAGCCAUGUUGGUUCGAUCUUGAGGCUGGUAUCCAGAAGACCAUCGCCUUCAUUAACGAAGCUGGCGAGGCUGGGUGCAAGCUCAUCGCUUUUCCUGAAGUCUGGAUUCCAGGCUACCCGUAUUGGAUGUGGAAAGUCAACUACCAGCAAUCACUUCCAAUGCUGAAGAAGUACCGCGAGAAUUCGCUGCCUAUCGACUCAGAGGAGUUCAGGCGUAUUCGCCGUGCUGCUCGCGACAAUCAGAUUUACGUCUCUCUUGGCUUCUCUGAGAUCGACCACGCCACUCUCUACCUUACUCAAACUUUGAUUGAUCCAACAGGUGAUGUCAUCAAUCACCGCCGUAAGAUCAAGCCCACUCAUGUCGAGAAACUCGUGUAUGGCGAUGGUGCUGGUGACACUUUCAGGUCUGUCACCCAGACAGAGCUUGGUCGCCUUGGCCAGCUGAACUGUUGGGAGAACAUGAAUCCUUUCUUGAAAGCUUUGAACGUCUCGGAGGGCGAGCAGAUUCACAUUGCUGCAUGGCCUGUCUACCCCGGCAGAGAGACGCUGAAAUACCCAGACCCAGCUACCAAUGUUGCUGAGCCGUGUUCGGAUCUGGUUACACCGGCAUACGCGAUCGAGACCGGUACUUGGACCCUCGCACCGUUCCAGCGGCUAAGCAAGGAAGGACUGAAGAAGACCACGCCUGAGGGUGUGGAGCCGGAGACCGAUCCUUCAACAUACAACGGACAUGCUCGUAUCUACAAGCCUGACGGUACGCUUGUCGCUAAGCCUGACAAGGACUUUGACGGACUGCUAUUCGUAGAUAUCGAUCUCAAUGAAUGCCACCUCACCAAAGCCUUGGCGGAUUUCUCGGGCCACUACAUGCGCCCUGACCUGAUUCGCCUGCUUGUCGACACGCGUCGCAAGGAGCUUAUCACUGAAGCGGAUCCUCAGGGCGGCAUAAGCAGCUAUUCCACUCGUGAUCGCCUGGGUCUGAAUGUGCCCCUCGAUGGGGAGACCAGGCAGACGAAGGGUACCACCUGCUCCACUGUACCAACAAGUGAGGGUCCUACUGCAUUGUGA